UCUGGCGUCCAAACUACAAACACGGCCUUAAAAUGGUACCACAUUUUACAAGAGCCCCCGAACAUAUCAUCUCUCUCACAUUCAUGCAAAACGUACAUGCAGGCAUGAAAAAUCCCAUUCCCAAACUACCCCUCCUCCUCCUCAAACCCUUCUUCCUCUCUCUCUUCCUCUCCCUCGCUGUCCUCUUUUUCCUCGCUCUCCAAACGCCCCGUCACCGGAACCCUAAACUCUCCCCCGGCCUCCGGAUACGCCCCGGUUACUCCUCCUACGAUUCCUACAUUCAGCACCAGCUCAACAAGACCCUCAACCCCAAACUCCGAAAAAUAUGGACCACCCGAGACUGGGACCGAAAAGUCCUCGUUUUCUCUCAGUUUUUCCGGGGUUUGAAGGAGAGAAAGCUUCUGUUUAACGACUCGAAGGCGCUUUGCAUCGGAGCCCGAGUCGGACAGGAGGUGGAGGCGUUGAGGCGAGUCGGAGUGGGUGACUCGGUGGGGAUCGAUCUGGUGCCGUACCCUCCACUGGUGUUGAAGGGCGACUUUCAUUCCCAGCCGUUCGAUGACGAGACUUUUGAUUUUGAAUUCUCAAAUGUAUUUGAUCAUGCGUUGCAUCCGUGGAAGUUCGUUAGGGAGAUCGAAAGGACGUUGAGAGCCGGUGGGAUCUGUGUGUUACACGUGGCGCUGUCUAGACGAGCUGAUAAGUACUCGGCCAAUGACUUGUACAGCGUGGCGCCGUUAGUGGAGUUGUUUCGGAAAUCGGAUUUGGUUGGGGUCCGAAACGUUGAUGGUUUCGGGUUGGACACUGAGGUGGUUUUCAGGAAGCAAGAGAAGGAGAAGAAGAAUUAAGGGGCCUGAUAUCACCCUUUGUUGUGAUUAUGGUGGAUAGGAUCACACGUGUCUAUGUAAGUGAUGAUUCAUUUCUCUUUACUUAUUAUAAUAAUUGUCUGAAGUGUUGAGUGUAUAAAGAAAUCAGAAGAGUGUUGCGAGUGUUUUCA